AUGAGCUGCGCCGCGCUGCUGGCGCUGCGGGGCCCGCGGCUCCUGGGGGCCGCCGCCCGCCCGCCCCGCUGGAGCCGCCGGCGCAGCGCGGGCUGCGAGCCCCCGGCGGGCGCCGCGGUGCGCAUCGGCUGCGCCUCGGGCUUCUGGGGGGACACGGCGGUCGCAGUGCCGCAGCUGCUGUACGGAGGGAAGCUGGAUUUCCUCGUGUUCGAUUACCUCUCCGAGAUCACCAUGUCGCUGCUGACGGCCGCCAAGGCCCGCUCUCCCGUUUUAGGUUACACUCCGGAUUUUGUCUCCACUGCCAUGGCUCCCUAUAUAAACGAUAUUCACAGGAAAGGUGUUCGUGUUGUCAGUAAUGCUGGUGGAAUUAAUCCACUUGCUUGUGCAGCUGCCCUGCAGGAGGUGGCAAAGAAAGCAGAUGUUGAUUUGAAAAUAGCUGUUGUUGCUGGAGAUGAUCUGAUGAGUGAGAAAGAGAACUUAAAAGGAGCUGGUAUCACUGAUUUAGAGAGUGGCAAACAAUUUCCAGAGAAUAUUCACAGCAUGAAUGUGUAUCUUGGAGCCAGACCAAUAAGCAGAGCUCUAGACCUUGGAGCUGAUAUUGUUGUGACGGGCAGAUGUGUUGACAGCGGGAUCGUAUUGGGACCACUCAUUCAUUCUUUUGGCUGGAAUAGGGAUGACUAUGACUUGCUAGCUGCAGGAAGUCUUGCAGGUCAUCUCAUUGAAUGUGGUGCUCAGUGUACAGGUGGAAUAUUCACUGAUUGGCACACAGUACCAGACUGGCACAACAUAGGCUUUCCCAUUGUAGAAUGUUCCUCUGAAGGAGACUUUAUUCUUUCCAAACCACCAGACACAGGGGGACUGAUUUCUUUUGGCACUGUAGCUGAGCAGCUGGUGUAUGAGUUGGGCAAUCCUCAGCGCUAUCUUUUACCAGAUGUUACAUGUGACUUUUCCCAGGUUUCCAUCACUGAAAUUCCAGGUUUUGAUGGUGGAGCAGUGAAAGUUUGUGGAGCAAAAGGAUUGCCUCCUUCAACAUUUUAUAAGGUAAAUGCCACUUAUCUUGAUGGCUUCAGAGCUACUGCUGUCUGUCCAGUGGGAGGCCCAAAGGCAGUUCAAAAAGCAAAACGCACUGCAGAAGCUAUUCUGCAAAGGACUCGUCUUAUUUUCAGUCAGCUUGGGUAUGAAGAUUACAGUGCAGUUAACAUACAGGUUUUAGGGUCUGAAGAUACAUAUGGACCUCAUGCUAGAAGGAGUACAGAAGGUGGACCUCGGGAAGCUGUUAUUUGGCUUGCUGUACACCAUAAACAAAGAGAAGCUGUAGAAAUCUUCUCCAAAGAGAUUGCACCAGCUGGAACUGGCAUGGCCCCUGGCCUCACUGCAAUUGUUGGAGGGCGCCCCAGAGUGUCUCCAGUUUUGAAGCCAUUUUUCUUCUAUUAUCCCAAAGGCAAUGUUCAGAUCAACCUAUUUUUAAAUGGGCAGCAUGUUGAGAUAUUUGAGGAGGAUCUCACGUUUACAUCAGAUGAGGUGGUUUCAUUUGAUCCACCUAAGAUUAGCAGUGAAUUGAAAGAUCUGCCAAGUGGUCCACACACUUACCGCUUAGAAGAUCUUGCCUAUACUAGAAGUGGAGAUAAAGGCAAUUCUGCAAACAUAGGUGUGAUAGCACGGCAUCCCCUCUACUAUCCAUACUUAAAGAAAACUUUAACUGCUCAAGCCCUGCAGAAUUACUUUCAACACCUUUUAGAGCAUGAGAAACCAGAAGAAGAACUAGUAACAAGAUAUGAGUUACCAGGAAUCCAUGGAUUAAAUUUUGUUCUGAAGAAUUCCCUUGGUGGUGGUGGUAUAGCAUCCCUAAGAAGUGACCCUCAGGGUAAAGCACUUGGACAAAUGCUGUUGGAUUUCCAGAUUAAAAAUGUUCCUGAUUUAAAAUCACUGAUAGAAUAACAAGUGUUUAAUAUAUGUGCUUUUAACACUAAGUGGUAUAAAAGCAUGUUAUGAACAAGAACUGGCUUCUUGAAUGAGAAUUUUUUUUAAGGUUAAAGAGUAGAAAUUUGACAGUUAUUUCUCACAGGUUUAGCUAUAUGGCACAGAUUGGCAAAUGUUUUGAGUAAUACCAGACUAAUAGCUUUGUCUGUGUCUGAUAACAUUUCCUAUCUAGAUAAUACAGUGGAUGAAGAAUCAAUUUAUUUCCUGAAAAAUAUAAUUAAUCAAAUUGCAACAUAACAUUUAAUUACAAGGCAAGAUAAUCUUUAUUUCAAGAUGGAAAUUACCUCCUGUUCCGUCCAUCUCUCUUUUCCUUCUCUCAUCCUUUAUUUGGAAACCACUGGGACUGCUGUCCUGUCAGCUGUGUGUGUCCUGUGCAGUGAGUGAGGCUGGGUAGCCUGCUCUGCACGGCUGGGAAGGCAGCACUGUCUGGUACUGGGGAACAGUUCUCCCUGCUGGGCAAUAAAGAAAAGUAAUAAUUGGUACUGUUAUACAGUGACUGGUCAUAAAUGCUGACCUUUGGUGGUGAUCCACCAAACUUCCAGCACUUUGUCUGGUUAAUGACAGACUUUUUUAUUGCGUUUUCCAAUAUCUUUUACUAAUUAAUCCUUAAGUUGAAAGCACUGAGUAGUAGUAAAUUGCAGAUCUUAGUGUGGUGAUAAAUUUGAAGAUGAGGGAAGGAGAGUCUGCCUGCUCACUCCUUCUUGUGGUGGUGUAAUCCUGGCAGGGGUGAAGCAGGGCUGGGUGGUUUUGUUCCAGGGCUAUUAAAUCCUUGAUUUGUGCAGCAGAGUCAUACAUGGAUUAAGUUUAUUUGACUGUCAUUUGCAUUGCCCUUUCCACAGAAAGGUGUCUUCUGCUGUGAAGAAAAACCAUGUUAAAUUCAAUGUACU